AUCCGCUCCUCCCUCGUCCACGAGCCGCUCCGUCUCCUGCAGGGAGGUCCCCGCCCCCCUCGGCCUCCAGCCGCCUCCUCCUGCUGCUGCUUCUGCAGCAGCAGGAGCUACCGCGUCUUCCUUGGGGCAGACUACGAGGAGGUGGAGGUGGUGGUCGUGGUGGGGGUGGUGGAGGAGGAGGUGGUAGCGGAAGUGGAGAGCCCCCUUCUGUGCUCAUGGAGCCGUGCAUUAAGCUAGAAGAAGACGAAGAGAAGCCUGGCAGUAAGAUAUGGCUGCCAGUGAAAGUGGGGACGCAAGGCUGCAAUGGCUCUGAAGGAACGGACAUUCGCAUUAAAGAGGAGGAAGUUCAGGCUGAUGGGAGUAACCUGGCAAUCAAAGAAGAGAAACCGAGUGCCGAUGGCCGAGAACUUCAGCUCAAACUAGAGACGCGACAGGUCGAUCGAAGGGACCUGCACAUUGUGGAGGUCGACCUUAAAGGUCCGCUGAUUGGCGAUUGUUCAUCUGUGGCAUCUGGGGAGCCACGAUUCUCACGGGGGGACUGUACUGCAUCAUCAAGGGUGGCGGAGAUUGAAGUGGAGGUGGGCGACGAUGAUGGUGAUGGAAGGGUCGUGAACGGUGGCCUGAAAACGCCCUCCCAUGCAAAAACUGCCAGGACAACCACGACAACAACUCACACCGAAGAGAGAGCGCAUGGCUGCUCCGUGUGCGGCAAGAGCUUCGUUCGUCCGUCGGAUCUUAAGAACCACGCGAUGAGCCACACGGGAGAGAAGCCGCAUAAGUGCUCCGUGUGCGGGAAGGGGUUCGGCCGCCCUUUCUCGCUGAAGGCCCACGCGAUGAUCCACACGGGCGAGAGGCCCCACGUGUGCUCCGUGUGCGGCAAGGGCUUCGGCCGCCUGUCCACCCUUCAAAACCACGCCGCCACGCACGCCGGAGAGAAGGCGCACCGGUGCCCGGUGUGCGGGAAGGGAUUCGCCCGCCCGUCGACACUCAAGGGCCACAUGAUGAUCCACACGGGCGAGAGGCCGCACCGGUGCCCGACGUGUGGAAAGGAGUUCAGAAAGUCGACGCAACUCAAGGGCCACGUGAGGAGUCACACCGGGGAGUGGCUCCACAAGUGCUCCGUGUGCCGGAAGGGUUUCGUCCGCCCAUCAGAACUGAAGAGCCACGUGAUGACGCACAUGGGGGGUGAGAGGCUACACCGGUGCUGCGUGUGCGGGAAGAGUUUCUUACUCCCGUCGUACCUCAAGCAUCAUAUGGCCACUCACGACGAAGAGAAGCCACACAAGUGCUCUGUGUGCGAGAGGGGCUUCGGGUACUUGACGUCGCUGAAGUAUCACAUGAGGGUCCACACGGGGGAGAGGCCGCACAAGUGCCCUCUGUGCGAGAAGGACUUCAGGCACUCGACAGCCCUGAAGAGUCACAUGAUGACCCACACGGGAGAGAGGCCGCACGAGUGCUCCGUGUGCACGAAGAGUUUUUCUGAUCCAUCGAACCUCAAGGUUCACAUGGCGACCCACAGCAGACGUAGCCGCAGGUGAGGGAGCCCAGUUAUAAACCAAAGAUUUUCAAGAAAGACGUCUGUAAGGAGUGAAUCAGUUCUCUCGGCAGCUCGAAAUGAAUUGCAAGGAACUGACAAGUUUGCUGCUACAGUAGUUACUUAUUUCAUUGAAAUAAUUAACUAAACUGAAACUAGACUUUUUAUUUUACGAGGUAAAGUCCCACUGAGCUAGGUAGGGCUUAUACCGAAAAUGACGUAUACCAAACGAAUUUUUCUCAUGAGAAAUAAAGGGAAAGAAAAUAAUCCAUUCCAGAGUAUAAGAAAUUAUAUUUUAUAUGGCAUAUUAUACAUUAAUGGGGUUGUAUAAAAUAACUUACACUACUUAUUACUAAAAUGCAUACAUAAAUAAAAAUAAAUUGAAAUAAAAAUAAAAUUUUACAUCAUUUUACCUUGCUGAGAGGAGUUGAAUGAAUUCGCAAAAAUUUCACGUUAAAAUGACAAAAAACACGUGAAAAUUCACAGAGAGUUAUAGCAAGGGUUGUGCACUGAACGAAAUCUACUGUACAGGCAGACUGAGGAGCGGCGCUUUGUUUCAGUCGUGAACGGGAUAUACGCGGGUACGCGGUGACUCAUCCCGAUCCAUACAAGUUCUUGCAAGCGCGUCGUAUCCCAAGCAAGACGUCGUAUCCCAAGACAUUUUUUCUCGUCAAAACACGACGUAUACCAAAUUCUAAGUAUUCCAAAGCGGUCGUAUACCGAUGUAUGACUGUAACUGAAACACACGCCUGACACAAAGAAAAUAAAAACUCAAGAUGCGACCUGAA